GUCACCUAGGGUGUAAGAUAACCCUGAUAAAGCGACUGGUUGAGGAAGUAGUAAUUUUCAAGUCUUCCAGGUCUGUGCAGAUAAAUUGGAGAAAAAGGCCUAUGAGAAUUGGAAUGAUGUCACACCAUACGAAGCUGAGGCUUCUUCAAGUUCCAUGUCAGAGAAGAACUCGUGUCCUUUUCUGUGUGAAGUUCUAGGAGAUCAACAAUGCCGCCAUCCAGCUCACAACAAUACGCCUCCAGCGAGAUUGGGCAGUGAUGUUGGUUUGAAAGUACCUCCGAGAACUCCAGCAUCCACAGUGGAAGGAAAUCGGGGCAUUACUGCUGCUCAAUUGCUAAUACAAUCCCAAAGUCUCAAUCCCCAAAAUGCCACGUUGAACCAAAUGGAGCCUUCAGCAGAUACAAAUGUGCAGCCAUCAGGACAACCGUACGGGUCAACAUCAGGCUUCCCAGCUUUAAGAAACAGUGGUAGUACUGCUGCUCGAUUGCCAAUGCAACCACAAAGUCUCCAUUCCCAACAUGCCACGUGGAACCCGAUUAUUGGUGGUUUGAACCAAAUGGAGCCUUCACCAUAUACUUACGUACAGCCAUCCGGAAGUUUCCCAGGAAACGGUGGUAUUACUUCUGCUGGAUUGCCAAUACACGUACAGAGUCUCAAUUCCCAAAAUGCCCCGCAGAACCAAAUUUACGGGCCAUCAUCAAGCUUCCUAGCUCCCAGUAAGUUGAAUUUUCUCCCUGUAUUGUAGUCGAUUGUGUUGUGUUAUGGUAUUGUCUAUACUGUCUUGUGAAAAAAUUGAGAAGAAAGUUUGGGACUUCUAUACUGGAAAUAGGCAGAAUUACUAUUGGCUGCGAUAAUGAAUGUGGUGAGAGCAUAAUUUGCUGGAGUGAAAGGAGAACGUUAUCAACUCUACGGCUUUGGUUU